UUUAAAAUUCUUAUUUAAAUAUUUUCUAGAGUCAAGAUGUUCAGGUAUAGAUUGGAAUCAAAUGACAAAGAAUAGCUCAUUGCUUAAGUCAGAAGUUAGUGCUUCAGUGUCUGCACAGAUGGGUACCAAAGCUCUGCUGUGCUGCACUCCUAUUUCAUGGACAAAAGUAAUAUUAAUAACGUGGAAAAUAGCCCUCAGAGGCCAACCUCCCUGCACAAUAAUCUACAGAAUAGAAACAAAUGAGACAAUUGAAAUCAACUGUACAGAUAGGAGAAUCACCUGGGCCUCCACACCUGACCAGAGUCCUUACCUUCAGAUCAAUACAGUGGCCCUCGGUCAUGAUGGAUAUUAUUCAUGUGAGGUAGCGUCAUCUGAAGGGCAUUUUCAAAUGAGACACGACCUCAAAGUUCUAGUCCCCCCUGAAGUAACCCUGUUUCCAGGGGACAACAGAACUGCAGUUUGUGAGGCCAUUGCAGGCAAACCUGCUGCUCAGAUCUUUUGGGCUCCAGCUGGGUAUCAUGUCACUAAGAAUGAAUCCCACAGCAAUGGCUCUGUGACUGUCAGGAGCACAUACCAUUGGGAACACAACACUGUGUCUGCGGUGGUCUGCUUUGUCUCCCAUCCAACUGGCAACCAGACUCUGACCAUAGAACUGAAUCAAGGUGUCACCAGCCCUCUGCAUUCCUUGCUGACCAUUCUCUAUGUGAAACUUUCCCUUUUGGUGAUUGUUCUGCUCAUCAUAGGAUUUGCUUUCUUCCAGAAGAGAAAUUAUUUCAGAAAAUGAAAAUCUGGAUUCCUGAAACCCAUUAGUCUGAUGACACAAUACAAGAAAACAGCCAUUUGCAAUCUCCUCUCUCGUUGACAUCCAGCAUACCUGUUCCUGUUUGUUAGAAGCUAUGUGCCAGCUGGCAGUCAUGCAGUAUGAAUGUACAGUCAAAAGCUUGGUGUUUACCACAUACGUGUAUGAAUGGACAUCUACUUUCUCCAUUCCCCACUUUUCAUGACAAAGAAGAAGAAGAUGGCUUAGGAAAAGGUGAACAACAGUGCUGGCUGGAUUUCCUUCAGUCACGUCCUCCAUGAAUGGUUUCCAUCAACUUCCUGUUCCUAGAACAUUUUAUGUGAUCAUAAAUAUUGCACUGUCAGGUAUAAUAUAAAGAAAUCAACACCUUCAAGUCAGCCCUAUCUGGCCUUCUUUCCUUACUUCCUUGCUACCAGGUAGCUGAACAGCUUUUUGUUUAGAGCCCCAUUGUCUCAAUUACCUUAACUGUCUGCAUUUUAACUUACAGGGAUUGGGAUGGAUCAGUGAGGGUAACAAUAAGACACAGGUGAAUCCUAAAAACUGGAAACAAAGACCUUGACGUCACUUGACACAGAUAGUAGUCCUAUGAUAAAAAGCAUAUUUUUAGUUAAAAGAAUUAUUUCCUGGAAAAGGUGGCAAGUGAUUUGUGCUAUUACUUUUAAUGUUUUAGUAAAAGUCUAGAAAGAAAAUGAAUGUAUGAUGCUAAAGGAUACCCGGAUGGUAGCCUCGGGUGGUUCUUUAAAAGUUUUAGUCUUGUCCAUUGUACACUCUAAUGUAUUGAUCAGGUCAGGAGAGAGGAUAUAGGAGUGCUGAUCUAAGCUACUGGUUUAUUCCACAGCUCUGUUCUCAGGGUAGUUUAUAUUCAGUGGUGACUAUGGAGAGCAGAAGAUUGCAUAUGGGAUUAUUUAUGAAUCAAUCCUGGAGUAGUAAGCCCACCUGCUCACAUUCCAUAACUACUACUCAGAGUGAGGGUUGCCGCACACUUAGCAAAUCUCUGCCCACAAUAAAGAGCAGGAAGGGUGCUAAUCUCAAGACUAAUGUCCACUUUAACCGUGGGAAAUCACUAUGUGUCAAGCAGCAAAUAAAUUCAUUACUUAAACACAUGACAUGUAAGGCUUGAGCUCUUUAAUCUCCUUUUUCAUUACAAGAUCUUCAUGUUUAAGUCAGGACAUAAAGAGGGAAGAGAUUUAACACUGCAAUUAUGUAACAGACUAGGAAAUACAAUGGCAGAGAUUGUAAGGAGCUUGGGUCGUUGUCUGUAUUUCCUGUUCUACUUGUGGAAGACAAUUCUCUUCAUGACUAAAUCUUCAUCCCAACUCUCUCUCAUGUUUUAGUAGAUCUCAAGUUCUUUCCAUGAAGAGUUCAUGGCUCUGUUUAUUCACAUGAGAUAGUUUUCUCUGGUCAAUAAAAAGAUACAUAAAUA